UGGCCACAUAAGGGUUAAAUAUCUGGCUGAUGUCCUGCUUGGCUUUCAUUUUCAACUAUGAUAUAGUCCAGUCAAACAGCAAUCAUGAAUUUAUUUGCUGCAUCAUUUGCUUUGUUUCUGGCAUUUUGUGAAAGUUUUAUCAUACCCGGAAAUGUGAGCCGCAUUGAAUACAAGGAAGAACUAGGGCGAAUAGUUGGAGGAGCUCAAACUGAUAUCACCCUUUACCCUUAUCAAAUAUCCCUGCAACUUUACUACAGACAUCGAUGUGGAGGAGCCAUUAUUUCUGACCGAUGGGCUCUAACUGCGGCACAUUGCACCAGAUUAAAUAGAGUAACACGACCUCCAAUUCUCGCCUUCACUGUCCGACUUGGCUCUUCUUUUCUAAUGGCUGAAGGCUUAGUAACUGGACUUACCAGGAUUGUUGAUCAUCACAUGUAUGGCAAUUCAGUUAACUUACUUGACUAUGAUAUUUCGCUAAUUCAGCUAGCUCGGACACUUACCUUUACUAAUUCCAUUCAGCCAGUUGCCCUUCCAUCUGCAGACCAGGUAGAAGUACCAGGAGCACGAUGUGUAAUAACAGGAUGGGGAACUUUAACAUCGGGAGGAACAUCUCCAUCAAGACUGCAUGUGGUCAGUGUGCCUUGGAUUAGCAACGAAAGUUGCAAUCAAUACUAUAAUCCAUCAAGAGUCUCCUACAGCAUGAUGUGUGCUGGAUCGCCUUAUGGAGGAAGAGAUGCUUGCCAAGGAGACUCCGGAGGACCUUUGGUCGUAGACAACGUUUUAAUCGGCAUUGUUUCUUGGGGUAGAGGAUGUGCCCUGGCCGGAUUUCCUGGGGUCUACGCCUAUGUGGUACCUGUUAGGCCCUGGAUUGCUAAUAUCACGGGACUUUAGACUCGCCAAUGCUAACCGUAGUCCAUUAAAAAUGUCCUGUCUUAUUGCUUGUUGAUUUGUUCUUAAGCUAAGGUAGAGCGGGUAAAAAAUAAUAAACAUGGUGCUUAGUUAAAAUAUACAUAUAUUUUUUAUACGUAUAAUAUCAUUAGUGUAAUCAUAAAUAAAAAGGUACAAAACAAAUAUC